AUGUCCUGGACCGGGUUCAAGAAGGGCGUCAACCGUGCGACGACGCAGGUGCUCAUGAAAACGGGCCAAGUCGAACGCACAAAUGACCGCGACUACGAGACCGAGCUGCGACGCUACCGCACCAUGGAGACCGCCGCGAACAAGCUUCAAAAAGAAGCCAAAGGCUACCUCGACUCUCUCCGCGCUAUGACUGCCUCGCAAAUGCGCAUCGCCGAGACCAUCGACGCCUUCUACGGCGACGCCGGCGCCAAAGACGGCGUCUCGCGCUCCUACAAGCAAGCCGUGACAGACCUCGACGCCGAAACAAUAAAGGCCCUCGACGGCCCCUACCGCACUACCGUACUCGAUCCCAUCCAACGCUUCUGCUCCUACUUCCCCGACAUCAACUCCUGCAUCACGAAGCGCGAUCAUAAGGCCUUGGACUACGAUCGCACGCGGGCCCAAGUGAAGAAGCUGACGGACAAGCCGGAUAAGGACGUCACCAAGUUACCCCGCGCGGAGAAGGACGAGCAGAUGGCCAAGGCAUCGUACGACCAGUUGAACGAAAUGUUGACCACGGAACUCCCGCAGCUUAUUGAUCUGCGAGUACCGUACCUGGAUCCUAGUUUUGAGGCGCUGGUCAAGAUUCAAUUGAGGUUCUGCGCCGAGGCAUAUUCACGGAUGGCCCAAGUGCAGCAGUACCUAGAUGCCGAUACACGAGACCAGUACGCACAGGGUGAAUUGGAUGCAAAGGUAGAAGAAGUGUUGCAGGAGAUUCGGGACUUGAGUAUCGCGGGGACGGUCUGA